CUUCAGCUUCUCCUGAGUUUUGGCAACUUUACCGGCUUGUUUGAAGGCAGCCAUGAACUGCUUUCUCUCCGACUCGCUGCACUUAGAUGUGGAGUCACUUUCAAGCACCAGCAGCUCAAGCUCUUCCUCCAGCAGGACAACAUUGGACCUGCGCUUCACAGUCGGAGAAGGAGAUUUGCCGACUGAUGCUACUUCUGCUGGGGAACCCACAACAUUCCUCUUGUUGAAUAUGGAAGCAACCUUUCCCACUGGCUCCUUACACUUAUGCACCUCAGCUUGGAUAGUGAGAGUACGCUGUGGCACCUGGAGGGGUGCUUCUCCAGAGGCUUCAUUAGAUACAGGGGGCUGUAACGGCUCAUUUUCCUUUAUUUCAACUUCGUCUACGACUUGAACUGAAGGAGCCUUGCAUUGCUCAUCAUCUCCAACCUCCUCUGCAUCAUCUUGGCUGUGACUGCGCACGAAAUCCUCAAAGGAGAUCAUGACAGUGCUACUGUUCAACUCAGAGUUCUCGUCCACAUUCACCUCCAUGCUCGCAUCAGAGAGGAAACUAGCCGCCUCUUUCACCUCUGCUUCAAUUUGUUUCACCGGUUCAUCAUCCUUUUUAGACUUUGCUGCUGGUUUCCUGUUGCGUUUCACUUUAUCUUUUGGUAACACAACAGAAGAGGGUGAACUACUGCUUAUUACUUGGACUUCAGGCUGUUCUAUAGAACAAUCCUCUUCAGUUGGCUCUACAGUCUUGCACUCAUUUUCCACCAAGCAUUUCUCAGCUCUUUUCUGUUUCUUUUGAGAGGGCUUUCUUGAUUUCGGUGCAGAGACAUUCCUCUCUGGUGAAUCUUGAACAACAAAGCUGCAAUCUUCAUCAACAGCUUUAUCCUCCACAAGCUUCCUGGAAACGUUUGUUUUUUUUCUGCGUUUUUGAGGCGGUUGCUUCGAUAGUGCCUCUGGAGUGGAUUGCUUUUCUACUGACUGAUUCUUCUGACAUGAUUCUUUGGGCUGCUCUGGUGAACUGCUCUUUUCUUUAGAGACUAAAUUAGGUCUUUUGCUGAAGUAGUCCAUGAUGUUGUUGGAGCGAGGAGGAGAAAAAGGCUUCUCCGCCGGCUUCGGGAGCGGAGAAAAAUAGUUCGUGAUUGUCUUAACAAUGGGACUGCCGCCAUCUUUGCGAGCUUUCUUGCAUGGCUGAAAAAAGAAAUGGGACUUUAGGUAAACAUAAUAAAAAGUCUUCAUUAGAAACACGAUUGGAAAAAUUGAGAACUGUAUACAGUGCAGGUAAACAACAAUUUACAUUUAGCAUUCACACGUUUGAAUAAGAGAUUGUUAACAACAAUACAUUGUCUUUUUUAUUGACAUUAUUGACUAAUAAUCCAACAUGAUCUAUGCAAGAUGAAAACAAUGUACUACUACCUUUUUUUAACCAAUGAAUGUUGGGUUUAAAUAAUUUUUGGGAGUUGACGUAAACAAUAUUACCUUGUGAUGCUACAAUAUUGCUAUAACAUGACAUUUCCAUCUAGUUUAAAUUAUCUCACUUCAAUCAAAUAUUACAUUAUACAGAAUUCACAUUGAAGACAUACCUGAGUGUCAAAGUCCUCAAUAACAGAUGCCAUAGCCACAACUCCUGCCAUAGUUUGAAGGUCACUGUAAACAAAAAAAAUCGCUUUUUAAUCACAAUCUGUGGCUAAGUGCAUAAACAGUCAUUGAAAUCACGAUCGACUUUGACAUAUAACAGUGUGUGUACACAGAAAACAGUGUCUAAAGCUAACAAAACAACAAAAAAACUAUAAUUCGAUUGUCGAGAAACUUGAGUUUUAUUACAAACGCGAAGAGGAAGAUGUGUAUGGUUGUUUACAUUAGAUGGCAGAAAUUAUAAAUGCGUUUGACUUGAACAUUAAUAUAUUUAACAUUUUUGUUCAGAGGUGAAGUCAGCCAGAUAGGAAUACAGUGUUGUGUUGACCAAAGCUUAUCGUGUUAGACGUCCUUACUACAGAUAAAUAUACUACUCUCAACACAAAGGUUCUCACCGAUGGUCCAAAACGCAGGGAAGAGAAUUGAUGUCGUUGCACCAGCAGUCGACGACGUCUCUCAGAGAAAGGCGUCCGUGGUUUGCUCGACAUGUAAACUCCACUGUACAACAGUAAGCUAACAACGACAACCAGCUGCGACGUCGACCAUAACUCUCCCCAGUGGAAGCCGUGAAGGAAGUCCAAAUACCGUCACCAUGUCGGGCGCCGAACCGAACACCAAGUCGUUAAACUGGUCGUGUUGGUCCGAGAACACAUAUUACUGACGCGCUAGCUCUUUCAAAAACGCGCCAGAGCAGGCGAGAGUGAAGAGCGCCAAACAGACGCAACGAGGUUCGUGACCAAUCCCGACCAAUCACGUGAAAGAAAAAAGCUUCGUCAUUGGAUGACGUUUCUACCCUCAACAAAGAUGGCGGAGUGCGUCGUCUUUCCCACAAUAGGGGUUGAAUUGCGAUAUGAUCUUUCACCAGAUAAAUGAAUUAUAAGAACUACAUAAAUAAUCAAGAUGUAUCGGAUGCGAUUAGUACAGUCAUUAUUGAACUGAAAAAACGGGUUUGUAUCAUUGUAGUGAUUCUUUUUUCAUUAUGUUUACUGAUUUCCAAAACUACAAUUUCUGACGUCUGAUUUCCCAAUAUUAAGGACAUCAACGUGAUUUUGGGGGGGAUAUUUCGCUAUAUUGUAGCCAUAUUUUUCUCACAAACAAUCCCGAUCCUAGCUGUUGAUCGGUAACUGAUCGAAUCAAAAAUGUAGUGUUCACGUGAACUACAUCCCCCACAGUACAGUGCGCGCCUAAGAUGGCGUCGCUCUAUGUCGUUUCGUUUGUCAACAGAACUGACCGGGAAUUCUUUUCUCCUAUUAUUUUUUAAUUACAUGUAGCUGAAGAUGUCAUUGUUGUCAAGAGCGCUGACACGAAUCCGACCUCGAAUCUUUGGUCGCGGUGGAUGUCCGGACUCAGCUGCCCGCAGAGGUCAGCACGCUGCCGCUGACGAGACUGUGGUCGUCGGCUCCAGCGGUGAGUUGGUGCGGAGACUGGCCUCACAGGUGGAGGUGAGACCGGGCUUCAUCACCCAAGAGGAAGAGGAGGCUUUCCUGCGAGAGCUGCAUCCAGGCCUGAGGAAGAAGCGAUAUGAGUUUGACCACUGGGAUAAUGCCAUACAUGGCUUCCGUGAGACCGAGCGCCUGACUUGGAGCCCGCCAUGCCAGGAGGUGUUGAAUCGAGUCCGGUCUGUGGCAUUUCCUCAGGGUGGACCUUUGCUUGGGCCGGUCCAUGUCCUGGACCUGGACAAAGCUGGCUACAUCAAGCCGCAUGUCGACAGUAUCAAGUUCUGUGGCAGCACCAUCGCAGGUCUGAGUCUUCUGUCGGACAGCGUGAUGCGUCUGGUGAAGGAGGACGCUGCCCAGGAGUGGCUGGACCUGCUGUUACAGCGCCGCUCCCUCUACAUACUCAGAGAUGAAGCCAGGUACCGGUUCACUCAUGAGGUCCUGAGAGACGAAGAGUCUCUGUUUAAAGGAGAGAAAGUCCCACGUCAGCGAAGAAUCGCAGUCAUCUGCCGGAACCUUCCGAGUUGACAUUGACUGAUAAAACUGUGUCAGUAAUAUAAAAGCAGAAACUUGGAUGUUUCUGCUGCUGCUUCUUCUGAUGAAUUGAAGCUUGAAUUGUGCAGAAAUGAGAAGCGGUUUAAGAGAAGACCGUCGACAGAAUGUGAAGAAGCCGUGUUGAAUGAUCAGGUUGGAUCCACUCUUGAGAUCAAAUUCAACAGAUGAUCAUAUUAAGAUUCAGUUCUUCAACAGAUACUUAAAUAACAAAUAUUUAUUAUAUACAGCAUCUACUUUUGUAUAAAGCAAUUUGACAUGGACAGAAGCUGUUUCCAGACCAUUUAUGUAUGUCAAUGAGCUCUAAAAAAAUAAACUGAAUUAAAAUCCGUC